AACGUUUCACGAUCGCUAACGAAACUGAUUGCAAGUGACGCUUUGUAACAUCGCUGCAGCACGUAGAGUUGGACGCAGAUACGGAGAACUACCAGUAAAGUGCCGAGUGACCAGCUGUGGCUAAUUUUAACAACUGCAUACGGAGCCACUCCCGUCUAUUUCAGGAACUGGGCGACCGCCACGUUUCUCCUCUCCACUCCUGCCACCUGCGAGAACCUGAGUCUCCAGCAUGGGCGUCGACGGUCUGUCAAAGUACGCCAAAGACCAUCGCCUCUACCAGGAGGUGGACAUCCAGGCAGUCGCCAACGACUUCAGGAGCAGUAACGUCGGGCAGCCUGUGAUUGCCGUAGACGGAUCGCAGUGUGCUUGGUACUUGUAUGCAAACAUGGACUCUCUUCAUGGUGGACAGUAUAAGGAGUUUCGGGAAAGCUGUGAGCAGUUCGUCGAACGGUUCCACGGCAUGGGCAUUAAGCUGUCUUUCUUCUUCGAUGGCCUUCCAGUCGAGGAGAAAAUUUUGACGUGGGUGAAGAGGAGAGCGGAUAAGGCAAAGGAAAUCAGCAAGAUAUUUGCUAAAUUGCGGGCAAUGCAAUCCCGCGAGAAUGGGUUUGUAGGGUGCAGGUUCUUACCAGAAGCUGUGGUACCUUUAGCAACAGUCACCUUCAAGCACCUUGGCUCCUCCAAGCAUCUUGACUGCGAGGUACGUUUGUCCACUAAUGACUGCGACACUGAACUGGCGAAGUUUGCAGCCAGCGAUAGGUGCUGCAUUGGUGUACUGUCCAACGAUUCAGACUUCCUGAUAUAUCCCAAUGUACCGUGCCUGUUCACUUUUUCCAACCUGCGACUGGGGCAGAGAGUGACGGGAUGGCGUUUCCGGUCCACUGAUCUCGCCAGGCACCUCGGUAUAGAGGUGGACGACCUCCCAGUGUUAGCGUCCUUUAUGGGCAACGACAUCGUCAGAAGGGAGGCUUUACAAGAGGCACAUCGAAAACUGAGGCAGACCUACAGGCACAGACAAGUAGCUGAGCUCGUAGCAGAGCUGUUGAGGAGACCGCCUCGGGGUGAUCUGAGGAGAAUGUGUGAGCUCGCUUUCGGCGGCGAUUGGAGAAAAGGCCUCGAACUGGUCGAAAAAAGUGUUGACAGCUACAAGUAUGAAGAGAUCGGGCCGGCGACAACUCGAAAUGUCUCCAGAUGGGAUGCAGUGCUCCAAGAAAUUGAGGCCAAACACGUGUCGUGCGAGAUUCCUGGCUACGUGUAUACAGUGAUGAAGUGCCGCCUCAUGAGAGCUGGUGACGUCCUCGAGGAUCUGUCUGUAAGUUGCUCAACCUCCCCUCCAACUGGUCUGGUGGUGCGGGAGAUGCUACAGAGAAUGUACACGGUGCUCCUAUGGGAAAGCGGCAGCGGGCCAUUCCGAGUGACCGAGUACAUACCGACAGGGUUAGGAGAGCUACACCGUGAGACGGUUGAGGUACAGAAACGACUGCCAGAGGGCAUUCACCACCCAGGGCUCGUAGAACUGUGGUCAGGUGCGGAGGAUACCCGUUGGCGUAUCUUCAGUUGGGUGAUAUCUCCAACGAAAGACCUGUCUGCUCUCUGUUCACUGUCUCCCCAGUACCUGGUGGUUCCUGCAGCGGCACUCUGCUUCUUGUACCACGAGGCUAAAGUCCUAACAAGGGACGAGGUCAAGACCUUCGUGACUGUCGCUUUGUCUGUCAAAAGUUACUCUGCCCACGAUCUGUCGAGACUUGACGUGAGACUCCCGACCGAACGCGCCAUCUACUUAGCCACUCUGUUUGUGCGCACUGUACUCCACGUGUUGGACGUUGCUGGAGCGUGUGGUUUGUCCUUCCCACGACCAGCUGACUGCCACCUGGACGCCUACUUCGAUGGCAGAUUAUUUCAUCACAUCUACAGGAAGUCGCAAAACGCUUCUGAUCCAAGGGAUGUCGUUGCAUGGAGCAGUUCAGGUACACAGACAUUCAAUUAUAUUAUGAGGAAGAUCAUAGAUUAACGCAAAGUGGUACCUUCAGCUAAUAUGAACUGUCUCAUAUUUCCAAAAUGGCCAGAAGAGACUUAAGCCCAUUAAUAUCUUUCGAAUAUCAUUGACUCUACUGCUUCAACCUAUUUACUUAUUAGGUUGCACAUUAACAUCAUAUUAAGUAUCCUUAGGUGUUUCCUCUCCUCAUUCUCCAGAGCACUAGGAACAUAAAAUUGCUGUGGUAAGUUCUUUGUGCUUACUCUUGCAAGGAGUUGCUGUACAAAGCUGUGUUGGCAAUCUUGAACAUUGGGAACAUAAAUUUGCAGGCCAUAAAUGUAACUCAUUUUAAAAAUGACAUAUGAAUAUAGCCUUACCAAAAGACAGUUCCUAAAAUCAACUGUUGGUAACAUCACAAUAGUACAUGAUUGAUUAUAAUGUUGUACUUAAGCUUAAUGUUGUCAUGACAGCUUGGGUACAAGGUCUAGUCAAGGAAUUCUGGCAAUUCCGAAUACCACAUUGUUUUCUCAAAAUUUUUGCAUCCCAGUUCGUCUCUUGCGACUGUUGUAUUCUAGCUGAGGGUCAUAUACUUUGUUCACUUGUUUUAUUUAUUGGAUUAUAUUGAAUGCUAUGCUGGAGUUUUGUGUAGCAAUGAAACUAAAUUGGAAUUGGAGUAACAGCUUUCGUGAAUCAGGAAAGCUAAGCAACAUAGCCAAGAAAUUGCAGUGUACAAACAUGAAAAUCAAUAUACACUACACUCCGCAAAAUCCAAAUUAGCAUGGUAAAGUCACCAGUGCAUCUCGAGAUUCACCUUUCGCUGUAUAUAUUAUCUUGAUCCCUGGCUAAACAUAAAAAUAUUAAAAAGUGCAACUGUCAAGUCAGUUAGGAUUUACAUAAUCAUUCUCGUGUCUUAAGGGCAAUUAGCGUCCUAUGGUGAUGAAACUAAUCAUAGCUGUAGUCAGGAGGUCUGGUGAAUCAUGACUAUGGGGUGAGCAUAUAAAAAUAUUAAUAUUUUUAUAUACAUUUACAUCGAAUUCUACCAUUAUAAUCGCCGUAGCUGUCUUUUUUAAGCGAAUCUAAAAAAUUAUUCUAAAAUAUUGACUGUGGUGUCAACAAACAUCUGUGCAAAAAGAUUUCACUGAAAAGUUUGUACUUUUGAAAUAUUUUUGUAGCAGGAUGAUUGCAUUAAUAUUUUUGGAAUACUUUAGUGCAGUAUGUAACAUGUUUUUCCCUAGUGUCCCUUAAGUUCUCUUUUGUCUCUGAAGUUGAAUUUUC